AUGAAUGGCAGCAUUCAAGGUCAGUUUCAAGGAGCUAAAGGUCUCAGACAAGGAGACCCAAUAUCGCCUUUAUUGUUUGUCAUGGUGAUGGAUUAUCUUACUCGUUUGUUGUUAAAGGCUUCUAUGGAGAAAGAUUUCAAAUUUCAUCCUUUAUGUAAGUCUUUAAAGCUUGUUAGUCUUUGUUUCGUUGAUGAUCUCCUCCUAUUUUGCAAAGCUAACCCGAGAUCAGUCAUGAUAAUUCAGCAAGUGUUUAAAGCUUUCACCAAGACAUCGGGUCUCUCUAUUAAUCAAAGCAGAUCUAGAAUAUAUAUUGGUGGGCUUGCUCCUGGAGAUAAAAUUACUCUACUUCAGUGUUCUAAUUUGCUUGAAGGGCAGUUCCCCUUGAGUUAUUUGGGUGUUCUGUUGAGACCAACUAAAUGGAGGGCAAGUGACUGUGAAGUUAUCCUUGAGAAAAUGAGAACUCGUCUGAAUGGUUGGGCUAGUCGCCAUUUAACUUAUGCUGGUCGGGUCCAAUUAAUUAAUUCGGUUUUGUUGGGGAUUCGCUCAUAUUAG